AUGAUGAAAGACACUUUAUCCAUUCAAUCCAAAGAACCAAAGAGUGAUGAUAAUGAUGAACCUCUAGAAAUCAUUCCGAUGAACAAAUUCAAUCAUCCAAACCAUAACAACCAUCCAUCAAAGAAGAGAAGUCUAUGGAUGCAACAAAUUCCGAUUCAUCAUGGCUCGAGUGAUUGUUUUGAAAUUAAAAAACGAAAAUCAUUGUUUCCGUCCCAUACAGAUGAACAUCAUGAAAUUUUUAUUUUUCAUCCGUUCCAUGAUGAGAAUAUCCUAUUUUGGAUGUUGCAAUUUUUGAACUCGGAAUUUCUGAUGCGAGUGUGUAUGAUGGUUUCUAAACAAUGGUUGGAAGUGGCAUUGAAAAUUCCAUUAGAAUUUAAUUUUAAACGCAAAAUUUUCGAUAGUUCAUUGUUGUAUCGAAUGGUUUCAUGUCGAAAUGUGAAAUAUUUGAAAACUUUAAUUUUAAAUAAUAAUACGAUUGGAGAUGCAAUCGUGAAGAGCAUUGCUGAGAGUGAAAAUAUGAAAAAUUUAACAUGUCUUGGAUUGGGUAAUACCAGAAUUGGAUACAAGGCAAUUACUGCAUUGGCAUCGAGUGAAAUGAUGAAAAAUUUGAAAAGUUUGGAUUUGAGUCUCAACAGCUUGUACACAGAGUCUUUUCUAAUCUUGGCCAAUAGCUCAAUGCUGACGAAUUUGACAGAAUUGAAUUUGUCCCGCUUGUCACUCACAGAUCAAAUCAUGAACAUCCUAACAUCCUCUAAAAACACACAAUAUUUAACACGAUUGAACUUGUAUGACAAUCAAAUCGAGGAUGAAGGAUUGAAACUCAUUGGAAAUUCCAUUCAUCUUCAACAACAUUUGAAAUAUUUAAACUUGGGAUGCAAUGACUUUACAGGCGAUGGUCUAAAACUCUUCGUAUCUACUCCAGUCAUGAAGAAUUUGAAAGAACUUGAUAUAAGCAAAGCACGAAAUUGCGAAAUUUUGGAAAUUUUACUCGACGCUAGUUCCUGUUUGCGACAUCUUGCUGCAUUGAUAGUCAGUCCUACUAUGAAUGAUGAUUUGUUGAAAUUGCAACAACUAUUACCACAUGUUCGAAUUGGAAAUACUAGUUUAAGAUGA